ACUAGUGGGAACAGGGGACUGUCUGGGAGGACUUGCAUUCGUCUGCUCUCUGGCCAGUUCUGGCCUUCUGGCUUGGAAACAUUAUAUUGAAGGGGUUAUAUAGAAAUUGGUUUAUUCUACUUUGUUUUAUUUCUUAACUUAUUUUCCAUUUUUUGUUACUCGAGUCUCGAUUUUCUUUUUCUCACUGAGAGUAUUUUUUGGAAACAAGCAAUCAUGAAUAUCCAGUCGUGUGCCAGGUGUGGGUUUACGGUCUACCCUGCCGAGAAAAUCAACUGCAUGAAUCAGAACUGGCACAAAACAUGCUUUCAUUGCGAGGUCUGUAAGACAGUUCUCACUGCCAAGAACUUUGUCAGCCAUCAGAAGAGGCCGUACUGCCAAGUGCACAAUCCCAAGAAUAACACUUUCACCAGCGUGUAUGAGACGCCCGUCAAUAUCAACGCUAAGAAACAAGCCGAGGCGAGUGAGCUCAAGUAUCGAGAAGAAGGAGAGCGGUUUAAGUCAACGUUCCACUAUGACAUGAGGACACGGGAGAUGGAGCUGGCCCGUAAAGCCAGCCAGAUGAACAGCCAGGUUGCCUACUCAGCAGAGUUUGCGGAGCAGCAGAGUUGGUACUCACAGUCGUCGAGCCACCAGGAGAUCGUCAGAGUGGCCCAGGCACAGAAGAACAUCAGCAGCGUUGAGUAUAAAAAGGGACAUGAGGAGCGGGUGACCCAGUUCACCUCUAUCACAGACUCACCUGAGAUCAUGCAUGCAAAGACUGGCGCUGCCCUGGCCAGUGAUGUGAAAUACACAGAGGAGUAUGAGCAGUCCAAGGGUAAAGGGAGCUUCCCAGCCAUGAUCACACCAGGCUACGAGCACGCCAAGAAAGCAGCAGCUCUGGCGAGCAGCGUGGAGUACAAGAAAGGCCACGAUGAGAGGGUGUCCAAGUACACGGCGGUCAGCGACACCCCGGAAGUUCUGCUGGCCAAAGCCCAGAGCCAGAUCACCAGUGAUUAUGCCUACACUGAGGGCUAUGAGCAGCAGAGGGGCAAAGGCAGCUUCCCCGCCCACUUCACGCCCGGGUACCAGGUGGCCAAGAAGGCUACAGAGAUGGCCAGUAAAGUGAAGUACCAGCAGAGGUAUGAGCAGGAGAUGAGGGGCAAGGCCAGCACUGAGGUGGGCGUGGCUGAGAUGGCCAUGGCCAAGGAGAACGCCGGCAAUUUCAGCCAGCUGGCCUACACGGAGGAGUACGAGCAACAGAGAGGCAAGGGCAGCUUCCCCGCCAUGAUCACACCAGCCUACUUGCAGGCCAAGAAGGCCAACGAACUGGCCAGCAAUCUCAAAUACAAGAAGGAUUCCUCCAAGAUGGUGGCCUCGCAAUAUCACACCGUGAACCCUGACGACAACCUGGCCAUGAAAAAUGCCCGGAAAAUCAACAAGCUAGUCAGUGAGGUGGAGUAUAAGAAGGACCUUGAGAACACCAAAGGACACAGCAUCAACUUUUGCGAGACGCCCCAGUUCAAGACUUCCAGCAAGGUCGCCAAGUUCACCAGCGAUAACAAGUAUAAAGAAAAAUAUACCAACCAUAUGAAGGGCCACUAUGAGGGAUCUGGCAUGGACAAGAAGACCAUGCAUGCCAUGAAAGUUGGGAACCUGGCAAGCAAUAUCGCAUACAAGUCUGAGUAUGACAAGGAGAAGACAGAGCAAGGGGAGUACAACUACCCCGCUACCAUCACUCCAGGAUACAAGGCCCAGAGGAAACUAGACCCACUGAAGGAUGUGAACUACAGGCAGCACAUUGACAAGUUGAAGUACCACACAGUGGCGGAAACACCUGACAUUGUGCAGGCCAAGAUCAACGCACAGCAGCUCAGCAAUUUGAACUACAGAGCUGACUAUGAAAAGACCAAGAAUCAGUAUACCCUAGUACACGACCUGCCCGAGCUCAAGAUGGCCAAAGCUAAUGCUGAAUUGAUUAGUGAUAUCAAAUACAAGGAAGACUGGGAGAAGACCAAGUCCAAGGCAUGUGACAUUGGCCUGGAAACCCUCAAUGUCAAGGCUGCCAAGGCAUCCCGAGACCUCGCCAGUGAUAUCAAGUACAAAGAGAACUUCAUGAAGAACAAGGAGGACAGGACGUGCUAUAAUGUGAGCGACUCCAAGACUCUGCACUCCCUGCAAGUGGGCAAGCUCCACAGUGCGAUUGCAUACAAGAAGGACUCCAAGGAGAUCCAGGCACAGUGCCACCUGCCUCUGGACAUGGUGAACCUCAGCCAGGCCAAGAAGGCCCAGGCUCUGGCCAGCGACCUGGACUACAGGAAGAAGCUCCACGAGUACACUGUGCUGCCCGACGACAUGAAGGUCCAGCAGGCCAAGAAGGCCUACAGUCUACAGAGUGAGAAUGUGUACCGGUCCGACCUGAACUGGAUGAAGGGUGUGGGCUGGGAAGCAGACGGCAGCCUGGACACUAUCCAGGCCAAGAAGGCAGGAGAUGUUCUUAGCGAGAAAAAAUACCGUCAGAAGGUGGACAAAGUGAAAUUCACACAGGUGGCCGACACCCCCCAGAUCAAACAUGCCAAGAAGAGCCAGGAGCUUCAAAGCGGGGUGACAUACAAAGCAGACUCAGAGCAGAUUAUUCACCAGUACACCAUGACCAAUGACGAGCCAGUCUUCAAACAGGCCAAGGCCAAUGCAGAGCUCCUCAGCGGGAAAACGUACAAGAGUGGCUAUGAGGAGCAGAGAGAGAAGGGCUUUGAGCUCCGCAUGGACGCUCUGUCCAUCCUCACAGCCAAAGCCAAAAGGGACUUGGCUAGUAACAUUAAGUACAAGCAGAAUUACGAGCUGUCGAAAGGGAAGAUGAUUGGCGUGAAGACUGUGGCCGAUGACUCUCAGCUGGCCCACUCCUUCAAGGCUUCAAAACUCCAGAGUGGCCUCAACUACAAGAAGCAGUACGAGGACACCAAAGCUAAAUACAAAGUCUCUCUGGACAUGCUGACCCUUUCGCAUGCUAAAAAGGCCCAGGACAUGGCCACCGACAUCAACUACAGGACCUACCUGCACGACUACACCACCAUGCCCACUGACAAGAAGGUGCAGUGGGCCAAGACGGCUUACAAUCUGCUGAGUGACAAAUCCUACCGGUCGGAUCUGAACUGGAUGAAGGGAGCUGGCUGGGUGGCAGCCGGAUCCCUUGAUGUGCAGCAGGCCAAGAAGGCCGGAGAUCUCAUCAGUGAGAAAAAGUACCGGCAGAACGUGUCCGGUCUGAAGUUCACCAGCGUGGAGGACACACCGGAGAUGGUGCAGGCCAAACUCAGCAACAAGCUCAGCCUGGACCGUCUAUACAGAGAGAAGGGAGAGAGCUUGAAGCACAACUACACUCUCACCGGUGACCUCCCAGAGCACGUACAGGCCAAACAGAACGCCAUGAACAUCAGUGACACACGUUACAAAGAGUCUUGGACCAAGAUCAGAGAUGCCGGCUAUCAGUUACGCCUGGACGCCAUUCCUUUCCAGGCUGCCAAAGCUUCAAAUCAAAUUCUCAGCGAUCAAAAGUACAGAGAGCAGUUUGAGAGGACAAAGGGCAAGAUGAUUGGACUGAAGGGUCUGGAGGACGACAUCAACAUCGCCCACUCUGUCCACGCCAGCAAACUGCACAGUGAUAUCACGUAUAAGAAGGACUCGACCAAAGUGCACUCCCAGUAUCACCUCCCCAUGGACAUGCUGGAGGUGGCCCACGCCAAGAAGGCUCAGGCCCUGGCCAGUGAUCAGGACUACAGGCUCAUGCUGCACCAGUACACCUCCCUGCCGGACGACAUGAAGGUCCAGGCUGCUAAGAGAGCCUAUGAGCUGCAGAGUGACAAAUCAUACCGCUCAGACCUGAACUACUUGCGAGGUGCCGGCUGGAUCGCUACUGGGGCUUUGCAGAUCGAGGGCUCAAAACGGGCCACGGACCUCAUCAGUGAUAAAAAGUACCGCCAACAGCCAUACCACUUCAAGCACACCUCUGUGGUCGACUCCCCAGACAUCGUACAUGCCAAGCAGAGCAACAAGUUAACCAACGAGCGUUUGUACAAAGAGGCUGGAGAGAAUGUACGACACAACUACACCAUCACAGCAGAGAGGCCGGAAAUCACCCAGGCAAAGAUCAACGCUGCCAACUACAGCGAUGUCAAGUAUAAAGAGUCGUGGCAUACACUGAGAGCCCAGGGCUAUAAACUAACCAUGCAGGACAUACCUUUCCAGUCAGCAAAGACAUCCACAGGCCUUGCCAGUGAGGUCCAGUACAAGCACAGCCACGUGCUGGACAAAGGUAAGCACAUCGGGGUGCGCAGCGCCCAGGAAGACCCCCUGCUGGCCCACUGCCUGCAGAUGGGUCGUCUCCACAGCGACCAGCAGUACCGCAAGGACGCGCUGACCGCCAGCGGCCAGUACCACCUGCCUCUGGACCUGGUCAACCUGGUCCACGCCAAGAAGGCCCAGGCCCUGGCCAGCGACCAGGACUACAAGACCCGACUCCACGAGUACACGGUGCUGCCGGACGACAUGAAGGUCCAGUGGGCCAAGAAGGCUUACGACCUGCAGAGCGAGAAAGUGUACAAGUCGGACCUGUCCUUCAUGAAGGGCGUGGCCUGGGACGGUGUGGGUGCACCUCAGAUGGAGUACGCCAAGAAAGCUGGAGAGCUCAUCAGUGACAAGAAGUAUCGCCAGAACCCCGACGCCAUCAAAUUCACCUCAGUGGCAGAUUCCCCUGACAUUCUCCAUGCUAAAAACAGCUAUAUGCAGUGCAGUCAGAGGCUCUAUAAGACCGGAGACUCUGAGGCCAUGCACAAGUACACUCUCCACGCUGACGACCCCGACUUUGUCAGGGCCAGGCUGAACGCACAGAUGAUAAGCGAUAAAGUUUAUAAGACCUCAGGAGAGCAGGUGAAAUCAGCAGGUUACGACUUGAGGCUAGACGCCAUUCCCUUCCAAACGGCCAAGGCGUCCAGGGAUAUCGCCAGUGAUUUCCGCUACAAAGAGGCGUUCGUGAAGGGCAAGGGCCAGCAGGUGGGGCUGCUGAGCGUGGAGGACGACCCCAAGAUCAUGCACUCGCUGGCCGUGGGCAAGCUGCAGAGCAACACCGAGUACAAGAAGCAGUCCCACGCCAUGCACUCGCAGUUCAAGAUGCACGCCGACCAGCCUGAGUUCCUGCUGGCCAAGAAGAGCCAGGCGCAGGCCAGCGACCACAGCUACCGCCAGCGGCUGCACGACUACACCUGCGACGCCGAGCAGCUCAACCUCAAGCACGCCAAGAAGGCCUACCAGCUGCAGAGCGACGUGAACUACAAGUCCGACCUGAACUGGAUCAGGGGGGUGGGCUGGACGCCCCCAGGCUCCCACAAGGCGGAGAUGGCCCGGCGGGCCGCUGAGCUGGGCCUGGCAGAGGGAGUGGACACGGACGAGGCCAUCGCCAAGUACCAGCAGCUACUGAUGUACCAGCGUCAGAUGAACAUGGAGCAGCAGAUGCAGAUGGAGAUGAUGCAGCAGCAGGAGUCCUCCUCCAACCAGGUGGAGACCACGGAGGAGUUCCAGCAGCCCGACGUCAACCCCGACGCCAUGGAGGUGCUCCACGUCAAGAGGAAGAAGGUCCAGACCAUCCAGACCAACUUCCGCAAAGCCACCAGCAGCACCACCACCACCCACCACACCCAGUCCUCGUCCAGCACACAGUCUGCCGUCACGUCCCAGUCCGCCGUCACGUCCCAGUCCGCUAUCACAUCCCAGUCCGCCGUCACAUCCCAGAGCGCCAUAUCGUCCCAGUCCCAGACCGCCAUCAGCUCCAAGAAGACCGCUGCACUGGAAUCUGGCUCCUCCGACGCGGCGAUGUAGACUGACAGUGUUGACCGCCCUCCCGUUGUUUAAAUCAUCAAUGUACUUUUUAUUGUUUUUUAACGAUGUGGUGAACUACUGUAGAGCCUGGUGCUUUUUUUUAAUCAACAGUGUUAUUGAGCUGAUGAGCGGUUGGGGGCUGUAGGUGGAGAAAUGCUAUACAGAGAGAAUUUGGCAUGUGUUAAAAAAGUUACGUGGAAGGAAAAAGAAAGGAAUUAUAUCAGCCAAGGAUCAUGAUGUCAGCAUGUAUGAUGGAGAAUGUACAACGAGAUGAGGUUUGAGAAAGUUAACAGGAAGUAGAUUUUUGAUUUGUGUGAUGACGCAUGUGUAAGCUGAGCUAGGUUUGCCACAGGUGUGAAGGAUGAAGAUGCUCCUCAUAGGGAUAAGAGGCAGCAAACUGAAUGUCAUUUUUAUUAUUAUUUGGAAUGAUGAUAGAAGUGCUUUAAAUGAGACUCAACAAUAUGUAUUACUUUACUCGGAGUAGGCUUUGAGCAAGACAGGCAUUAUGGUCUCACAUGCCACAAACUUGAGCACUGUCAAAGUGCCUAGUGCCCCCUAGUGGCAGGUUGCAAAUGUGUUAGACGACAUACUGUAUGUGAUUUUUACUUGGAUGACUGACCGGUUCAGCUUUAUGCCAUAAACUUAAGCCUAUAGGCCACAGUGUUUGACAAAAGUGAAAAUGCUGGGUUGUGAGUUUCAAAAGGAAAAUAAAUGUUUUUCAACAGCAA